AUUUUUCUUUUCUAACUUUUCUGCUGUAGAUCAACUCAAAGUCACCUACCUCAAAGAUGUCCUUCUAUGGUAACUUGGAAAAAUGCUACAAGAUAGUACCGCAAGAUGGAGGGAUAGAGACUCUAACAUUCCUUGAAGCAAGCCGGGUUUCAAUACUUCCACUGCUUGAUAUACUUGGAAAGAAUGCUUUUGCCAUGGUUAGAAUGGAUGUGAAUGGCAACAUUGUGAAACUGAUGAAUAAAUACAAUGAAAGACCAGAAGCUUUCCGUACACUAACUGCCAUUGUUGAUCAUGAGAUAGAACAAAAUACAACAAAUGAUAACAACUCGGCCACUGAUGCCUUAAUUUGGUUAACAAGGGGCCUCAAUUUCAUCUGCAUCUUCAUCCAGAAUCUGUUAGACAAGAAGAAUGACGGUGAUGAUAUAAAACCAUGUAUAUCAGGAGCUUAUGAUAUUACACUCAGGAAACAUCACAACUGGUUCAUACAGAAAGCUGUUCAGGUUGCAUUUCGAGCUGCUCCCUACUACAGUGAUCUAAUGAGAAUACUACAAGGAGAGGAAAAGGACAAGGAUGUGUUUCUAAGUCAGGUCAAAGGUUACCACACAUUGCUGAAAGAUCAUGUCAAUGCUAUUCAAGAAAUCUACACAGCUAGGGGCCUCGACCCCAAACCUUUGACGUAACAUCAUCAUAUGAAUAUAAUCAUGCGUUUUAAUAUAUUUUCUCUACUAGAUCUUUCUGCUUUUGAGUGGGUAUUUGCCAGAUACGUUGUGCCUUGUUCAUUGUUUAAAGACUUUGCUGCAACACCAUGGACACCUUCCCCAGAGCAUAUUAUCAAUUGCAAAACUUACAAAAAAUACUAUCGGUUUUCCUGUCCAAUUUCAUCAAGAGUUGCAUUUAAAAAAAUGUAUGGGUAUUCAAGUUUAAACAAUUUUUGUCGACUGUCUGCACCCGUGGUUCAUUUUUAUACAAAUGUUAUUCAGUUAUGCUUUAAAUCAUUCUUUUAGAUUUUUUUAGAUAUUCAAUUUAGAGACAAAUUCAUUCAAAUUAAUGAUCUGAAGUUUGCGCUAUUUGGUCGGUCAAUGCCGCCCCUAACACUCCCUUCUAAUUCAUUUAUUUAUUUUUUACAAAUUGUAAUUUAUACUAUGUGUGGUUUGGAUUGAUACAUUAUAUUAGCCAAAGUCAUGUGUUAAUUAUGUAAAGAAUAGAAGCAACAAUGAAAAAUGCUACCCAUACCCUGCAAAGUUAUGAAUAUUCAUAAAUUUGGAAUUUCUUUACAUUCUUGCAGAGGGUGCAGGUGUGAAUAUGGAAACUCUUCUUUUGUUUUCUGAAUUUGUGAGAAAACCUUGAAAUUUGCAUGCCAAUAAAAUGAAAUUGAAAUAACUAUUCAGCUUUUUAAGUUUUGAUCUCAUAGGUCAUUCAAAUUUGUUCCAAGUUGAGUGAUUACAUCAUGAUAUUGGUUGAUAUUUUGAUGAAAUUGGAUGGGAAAACCUAGAAUAAGCCACCGAUUGGUUGAGGAGAAAUCUCUGUUAGAUUUCAAGCAUUUGUUUGAUGAUUUUUGUUUUUAUGAAUUAAGGCCAAAGUGUGGAAAUAUUUCUGUCUCUUUGCGCUAAUUUUUUUUGUUUGGUAUGUUUUGAAAAUUUUUAACUGUAUUCAUAUUCAAAAUGUCAACAAUAUAUAUGAUUAAUGAUGAAUACUUUGAAAAUAGUGGUUAAAAAGCAGUCAUUUAUCUUGUAUAAUUAUGUAUGCAGAGGUGUGAAAUCCACCCUAGUUAAAGUAUUUGAAAAAUUUCUGAAGUAUCAUUCAUGUUAAUUACAAUUUGCAUAUAUUUAUAUUUGUUUACCUCAUCACCACAACCCUGUAUUUCAAACCAGAAAUCUUGACUUUACAUACAUUCCAUGUGAUAUGAAUAGAAUAUAUUAGCUUCACGUUUUGAAUCUAAUAAGUACAACAGAUACAGGCAGUUAAAUAGAAAUUGAUGAAUAUGACAUAUUUCAUCAACGUUUAUUUCUUUCUAAUGGUGCUUUUUGUGAAAUUGGACUAAAGCCUGUGUGCUUUGGAAAAGGGUGCGUAAUGAAGAUUGGACUCCAGUAUCAUCUCACGUUCUCCAAUCUUACAAAAGAGAAGUGGUCAUGAAUAUUUUUUUUAGCUGUUUAUUUUUCAUCCAUGAAUUGUAACUGUUUUUUUCUUAAUAUCUUACUUCCUUAAUUUUCAGAAAGUUAUUUGUAGAUAAUGCUUAUUUAGAGCAAUUUGAAGCCUUUUAGAUGCAUUAUUUAGAAAUGUAUAACUUGCCCAUCACGGGGUUAUAACGAACAAACAUUAUAUUUAUUCCAUGUAUUAUUAUUGCAUCAUCUCCCUUUAUGAUACAAAAAACUGUCAAAAGCUCAGGUGAAGAAUGUCUUUUGCUGGGAAAGUGCAAAUGCUGUUACCUCUGAUGUGAAUAUAGCAGUUAUUGCCAGCUCUUUACACAAUUCUGUGGUCAGUAGAGUAUAGCUGAAGAUGGUAUGUCUUUACAACUUAGCUGACCCCAUUAUGAACAUUGUUAUUGUUGAACAUUGCCAAUUCUUUCCACAAUGGGGUAAGUUUAUUUGGAGUUUAUCUUUUACAACUCAAUAGCGUUCAGCAUCUCACAGUCUCCAGCUCAAGAUCUCAACUCCUCUUACUGUGCAAGUUGAUAAUCAUUGUAUAUCCCAUGAGCUAUAAUAUCAAAAGAAGCCAUUGGAGAGGUGUUGUGGCUCAGUGGAUAUGUCUGCGGACUUUGAACCACAAGGUCCGGGGUUCCAAUCCACUGCAGCACUUGUGUCCUCUGGCAAUGCAUUUAUCUAAAUUUGCCACUCUCCACCCAGGUGGAGUGAAUGGGUACCUGGUAGGAAGGGAUUCCUUGAAUGGUCGAGCGUCCGAUAAGGGAAUCCAUGCUAAAAGCGGGGUAAUAGUAUACAGCGCUUAGAAAAGUAAGUGCUAUGUAAAUGUUGCAUAUUAUUAUUGUCAAUUCACUGUGUUCCCUCAGGGCCCCUUCUACUAAGAGCUGCGAUAGAUAUAAAUCUAUUAAAGUCCAAUUGACAUUUACCUGAAUUCCUAUUUUUAAACUAACACAGUAUGAGAUAAAUCUCUGUUUGUGUUCAAUUGUAAUCUAUUGCAAACCUGUGUAAGAUGGGGCCCCAGCUAUCUUUGAAAUGAAGUUCACUUUAAUACAAAACACUAUUAUUGACCAUUUUUUAGCUUAAAUAUGUAGCCUUAGCUUUAUAUUGUUUUUUUUUUUUGGGGGGGGUUCUUUCAUUCCCCUGUGAAAAAGAGAAGGAGAUACAUGAUAUUUUCAUAUAUAUUUCUGAGCACAUUUUUCUAUACAGUAUAUUUAAUUAUUUAUUUUAUUUUAAGCAUUACUGCUUUGGGAAAUUGAAGUUUUACGGUAUGUGCUUUUCAAAGUGUAUUCAGAUUAUGAGAGAAAAGUGCGUACAGGGACAAUUUUUAUCUUGAUACCUUUGUUUCUUGCUUUUUACAUAAAAAUCAUUGUGGCACUGGUAGCUUUCAUGUGGCGAUAUGUUUUCUUUGAAUGCAAUGUCUUCCAAUGUGUGUGAAUUUCAGGAAAUUUUAAGUUUCUUUAGAGUAAUAAUUAUCUAGCAUGUAAUUUCUUUCAGUCUUUUCUUUUAUAUUGGUUUGAUGGGGGAUAGUGAGGUUAUUCAAUUAUGGUAGUCUAUGGCAUGAAUUUUUCCUUACAUUCCAUACUUAUUUUUAUUAUUUUUUUUAGAAGGUUGGUAUGGCAGUGCUAUUGGUAGGUAACUGCCCACACCUUGCAAAAAAAAAUAAGAUAAAGAUAGCUUUUUUAUUUUCUGUGACACCGAUCCCCCAAAGCUUUUCUUUUAAGCCCCUUAUCACAAGUAUUCGAACCUUAUGUGAUCGAGAAGGUUAUGCAUAUUUUUAUGAAGAGCUUUAUGAAACGGCCCUUGGAAUAAUCAACCUCGAUGAGUACGAUGACCAAAUCUCUUCCGUGUCACAUCUUGCUACAGUGUUUGUUUGUUGGAGCCUAUUUCCAAGACUGACACGUACUAGAUGGUGGUAGAAACGGGGGCAGCGUGGAUGUAUUUAGAUAAAGUUGGCAUGGGGGCAAGAUGAACUAUUUGUUACAUCAUUUUUUUAUUUGAUGAAUAGGGUUUUAAACGAGAGUUACACCACACAUGCCUUUUUAUUUUAAACUCUUAUUUCUCCUCCCCUUUUUUCACUGUUGGAUUUCUUUUUAUUUUGUAAAUCUCAAUAUUUGUUUUAUUAUUUAUUAUUUUAUGUGUUUAUUUUAUUUAUUUAUUUAUUUUAUUAGUAUUAUUAUUAUUAUUUUUUUUUUUUUGGGAGGGCGAUGUCCCAGAAUCCCCUGUGAAACUGCCCCUUGUUUGAUCUCAUAGUGUACACAAUUUUAAAUGUACCAUUGUUGUAGUGGUAUUAGGCUAUAGAAAUAGUUACUGUAUUAUUUGUCUUAUGAUUAAUUAUGGUCAUUCACGAUGAUGAUGAUUGUUGUCAUCAUGACUUCUUUCUCAGUUAUAUAAUUUUGUUUGUAAAUAAUGUGUUUAGGCCUAUCCACCAAACAAUCAUCUUAAGGUUUGUAGUCUAUGCUCCUGAAAGGCAUUGCAUUCUGCUUCUUCCAUUUCCCAUUCCCAUUUCUAUUGGAAAACACUUCAAAGAAAGAAAUGUCUAUUUAUAUUAUUAUUUAUUAUUAUCAUAUGCAUGUACUUGUCAUCAUUGCCAUUUUAUUGGUCACAAUACGCAAAGUUUUAUUUAAUCAACCAACUGAAAUUUGUCAUAGGUCAGAUUUUUGUGUCCCACAAAGAGGUAUAUUUCAUUGUUGACUUCAUUGCAUUGCAUUAAUAUGUAUCGAUUUUAAUUAUAAAUUAUAAAAUGUAUUCAACUCAAAUUAACUUGAUUGAAGUGCAAUUGUACUAUUAAGAACUUUUAAACUCUAGAAAAGUUUGAGUGAAGUUUACCCAAUUUGGUGAAAAGGCACAUCCACACUUGUUUGUUUAUACAUAGGUAAGAAUCUGUAACUAUACAUUCAUAAUUCCGAAGCUUCAUUAUUCAGAAGGUUGAUAUUCCGAAGGUUCGUUAAUCCGAAAGCGAAAUAAGGUUUGUUCCGAAGGUUCGUUAAUCCGAAAACGAAAUAAGGUUCAUUGUUCCGAAGGUUCGUUUAUCCGAAAACGAAAUGAGGUUUGUUGUUCCGAAGGUUCGUUUAUCUGAAAACGAAAUGAGGUUUGUUGUUCAUAUCGUUUUCGGACUAACGAACCUUCGGAAUUACGAACCUCAUUUCGUUUUCGGAUUAACGCACCUUCAAAAUUACGAAGUGUAACCAUAAGAAUCAUGUCUUAAAAUUUACACAACAUUUGGCAUUAUUUAUCCAACACAGGGAUGAACUU